CAAUAAAAAUCAACGGACGUGUUGUCACAAAACGCAACCCUUCACAACAAUACAGAACGAAAAGAGAACAAUACAAACGAAUCUAACAAAAACAAAGAGCCAAUAUCCGGUCAACAUGAUGAAAGCUGGGAAAAAGCGUACGUACAUAGCUAGGAAUGCAAAGUCUCCGAUAGGUUUGAAAGAACUAGAGGAGAAGGCCAUAAUCUUCUAUAAAUUGGCUUUAGUCAAAGAUAGGAGGUACCUCUUCCGAACGUAUCGAAGCACCUUCGUGGGAAAGGAAAUGGUCGACUCGAUGGUUGUUAGCGGUCUCGUUUCAUCUAGACUGGAGGCCGUCGAACUCGGGCGUGAUUUAGCUGAGAAAGUCAAUUUGUUCCAAAAUUGCGAAAACUGUAUGCUGAAGAAUCGAAGGAGCCUCUUCGAAGACGACCCGACAAAGUUCUAUCGAUUCUCUUCGGGAGCAUUGAUGGUAAUCCGUAACUUGGAUGAAAAUGAUAAAAAAAUAAAACAACCAGUGACCCCUGCACCCUCUACUUCAUAUAUCCCUCCUGCGAGUAUCAACAACAGUCCAAGCCAUGGUCCUAGCAUGGAAAGACAAAAUGGAUCAAAUAAGGUACAAUCAGACAAAAUCGAGACUAAAAUUGAGGAAAACACAGAUGACAAGAUAGAUGCUGUGGGUACGAGUUCUUUCAAGCAGAAGAAAAAGAGUAUCUCUCGAUCGAUAUAUGUUCCACCGAUGGAAUCCAUUGUCGAGGAAACAAAUGAAGACGAAUCAAGCCUUGGGUCCUCUAAGGCAAGCAAAUCAACCAUAACAAGGAAAGAGAAAGAGCGCUUAAGAGAAAUCCAAAUACUCGCCAGUGAACAAGCCAGGUUUGAGAUUGAGGCCUUUGAGCAGAAGAUGUCGAAAGAGGAAAAAGCUCAUUUAGAGAGAGCAAGAAUUGAACGUAUCAAGUUUUUGGCACACGAACAAUUGGUAUUGCAUACCACAAAGCGUAGAAAAUCCACUGCUGCCCACUGUAUUAUGGAGGCAAUCAAUAACGGUGAGCAUGGAGAUGAUAAUAUUAUGCUCAUGGAUGCAAAAGAGCGAACGAUGGCAAAUAUUGUUAGCCAAUUGCAGAAACGGCAUUCUGAGAAUUGGAUUGCUAAAUAUGGAUCGCUUAUGAACGAAGUAGAUUCGAAGGUCGCCACUGUUUAUACCGGCGAUCACCAUAUUGUGGAGACAAAAUCCGUGAACACUGAUGCAUCGAAUGAAAAGAAGAAAGACGAUGGUGGGGAUACACUCGUGACCAAAUUCGAAACACAGGAUAACGAAGUUGUUGCAUUCGAUGAAGGAGAAAAGGAAGAACCGAUGUACCUUAGUGAGAAGGGAAUGAAGUGGAAAAAACAACUGGAAGCAAGGAGAGCGGCAAAAAAUGGUGCACCCCCGAAGCAGAAGGCCGCAAAUGAAAAUAUGAAAUAUUCUGUCUCGAAAGUUCGUGAACAAGAUAUGAAAUUGAUCGAAGAGGAAGAAUCUAAGGAACCGGAAAAGCCAAUAUUUGUGACGUCUCCAAAGGAUCUUCCUGCCGGUCUUCGGCGUCGAAUAAGUGACUUCACGAUCAAUCAUGAUUCGUUUGAUUCUAUACUAAAUAAGAAAACAGGGAAUCUACUCACAAUGGGAAACGAUGACGAUCAGUCAGUAUGGACGGAAUUCAUCAUUGGGGAUGAAAAGGGCCGUGAACUAUAUCGUCGAAACGAAAUCAAACGAAGACGCCCCUCGUACGUUUCAUACGUGGAGGAAAGCGUAGUAAGUCGGGACGACAAGAGCGUCAUGGAGUAUACCAUAGUCGGGGACGAAACAUUGUAUGAUGAAGAAACCAUCUGCGACGAAGAAACAGUAAUUUCCAAUUGGCAGCCAAGUAUUGCACCUGCACCGGUUGCGAAGCAUUCUAGUGACGACCAAAGUUAUAUGGACUUCACGAUAUUUGAUAACUCGGUCGCAAUCUCAUAUAUAGAAGAUGAUGUAGACUACAUUGCACCAGAUCGACCACAAAAGGAAAAACGCGAGCCAGAGGAAGGCGAGCACAGCAUUUUACACAUCUUUGCCAAUCGAAAUUCCAAAAUUGACGAUGAUGAUAUGACCCAAAUUACAAUGGAUUAUGCCCUAAUGUUCCAACAAGGAAGGGACCGUGACCUUCUGUGCCAAAAGAUGAAGGACAGCCAGCGCGUUCCGGUUCAUGCAAUAGCAACAAAGAAACCCACAGUGGUUGGGGGUGACUCCACGACUUCCAGGAAACGUAUCAGAGAAAUUUUGUGGAACGAUCUUUACAGCUGCAACAGAGUGACCGUAUCCUUGGCUCUGGAGACUCUUCGCUCGAUCAUCGAGAGCGAAUCCGAGAGCCGAAAAAAUGUCGUUCGUAUGGGUGGCAUCGUGGCCAUCUUGGGAACAAUGGAAGAGUAUUUCGAAGAAGAAGCCAUCCAAUACCUAUCCUGCGUCAUUAUUGAGCUAUUGGCAUCCGUGGAGCCAGAGGCGCGUAAAAUCAUUAAUGAAAUGAGAGGGAUCCAAGUGAUCGCCAGAUCCAUGCAGGAUCAGGCCGACAGCAACCGAGUGCAAGAGGCCGGCCGCGUGGCCCUUGCAACAAUCUGCAGACCAUAAGUUUUAUGGAGAAGCAAUAAAAUACUGCAUUGCUU